AAACGCAUUAAUAACCGAAAAAAACAAUAAUAAUUUUAAAAUAAAUUGUGAAAAAGCAACAAUAUGUUUGAUGAAAUAAUACGAUAUUUUGUUAAAUUUGUGUGAAAGAUUUAUUGGAAUCUAAAGAAUCAAAUCUAAUUUAACAACUUCCAACAGAUAGAUCUAAAACAACAAUAACAACAAGGAAUAUUUAUUCAGUUUGCAAAUAAACAACAACUGAGAGAAGAAAAUAAAGCAAACAUAAACAAACAGCAAAUAAAAACAACAACCUUAACUAAAAGAGGGCAACAAUAAGAAGGAGAAGAAAUAUAAGAAAAAUUAAAGAGUAUUUUACUAAUGUAAACAUUAAAAUACAAAAAAAGCUUUAGAAAUACGUUAAAUAUACUAAACAACAACAAUACAAUUAUUUGUUUGUUUUUGUUUUGGAAGAGCUAUGUAUAUGUGAAUGUAAAAAAGGCUAUUAACUAUUAAUGCUGAUAUAAUUUUAACCAAUAAUAAAAGCAACAACAACAACAUGCUAAAUAUGUUUUGAAAUAAAAAAAACAGCAACAGAAAGUAUGUAUUUAAACAAAAACCUGUCAACAUAAUAAUAAUUCAAAAAAAAAAACAACAACAAAAGAAUUCCUUUGACAAAAGUGGUAAAUCUACAUAAACCAUCAAAAUCAAAAUCAGCAUAAAAGAACAAUAACAACAACAACUAUAUUAGUUCUAUAAUAUAAAAAUAGCCAAGUCUAUAAACAGAGCAGAAAAUAAAACGAUAAUACUUAAUAUACACUUGAAAUUUAAAACUAUAACAACAGCAAUAAUACUAACAACAUCAACAACAACAACAAAAUUAACUAACAAUUAUAAGAAUAAGGUGUUGUAGUUGUUGUAUGUUGGAAGAAUUUCAUUUUCGCGUGCUCUCAUUAGUGCAUCAUCUACUAAUUUGUUUGAUUGUUAAAUAAUUAUUACCCCCUACACGUUUGUCGUCACACUGUCUUGUACAGCGCGCUCGACAUUAGUAUCUCUCUGCUACUAAAAUUUUAUUCUUCUUUUACAGCAGAAAAUUGAAGACCCAAAAAAAAAAAUAAGCUAUAAUACGUUAAAUGAAUUAAAAUUAACUACAAAAAUACGUUUCUAUAUUGGAAAUUAGAAAAUAAACACUAGAGAAUACGAUAAAUUGAAAGUUUUGUUUUGUUUGAACGACAAAGAAAAUCAACAAGAAAUCAAAGAAACACAGAGAAAAAAACUGAAAUAUUUUAUUUUUUUUCAAAACGGUUAAUUUUAUAAAUUGAAAAAAUUACAAAUUUCAAAAUGAAGCGUCGUAAUGCCGAUUGCGGCAAACUACGGAGACCUAUAAAACGUAACAAAAUAACGGAAAGCAUGUAUGGCAGCACAACCGUAUUGUAUAUGAAAUUUUUAGUACUAUGGGCAAUUGUGAUAACUGCAGAUUUUAUGUUUAUGUUCCGUUUUGAAUUUUUAUGGCCCUUUUGGUUACUACUGCGCUCCGUACAUGAUUCAUUUAAAUAUAAAGGAUUGGCAUUUUCGGUAUUGUUUGUUUGUAUUGCUAUAACAUCCGAUUUGGUUUGUUUAUUCUUUAUACCAGUUAAUUGGUUAUUAUUUGCCGCCAGCACAUAUGUUUGGGUACAAUAUGUUUGGCAUACAGAUAAAGGCAUUUGCUUGCCCACCAUAAUAUUGUGGAUGUUAUUUGUAUAUUUAGAGGCUGGUAUAAGAUGGAAGGAUAGCAGACAUAUGCCACAUUUAGAUUUAUGUAGGCCGUUUGCAGCACAUUGCAUUGGCUACCCAGUGGUAACAUUAGGUUUUGGCUUCAAAAGCUAUGUUGGCUAUCGUAUGCGACAACGUAAACAACGGGAGGUCUCAAAAGAAAAUGAAUUUUAUAUGCAACUAUUGCAACAAGCACUGCCACAAGAAGAACCCGCACCGUCUGAAGACACUCAGACUGUGGUGGCCACCAAUGCUUCCAAUACUACAAAUGCCGUUGCUGCUGUAGUAGCAGGUCAUGGUAGUGCUGCACAAAAUCAACAUAAUCAUCAUAAUGGAAAUACAACGUUAGCAACAGGAGCUUCUUUAACUGCAGCUCAUACACAAAUAUCAAAUUCUAUAGCUACAGCAAAUGGUUCUGUGGCCUUAACACAAAAUCAACAACAGCAGCUGCAACAACAACAUCAUCAUCAUCAGCAUAAUCACCAUCAACAACAGGAGCAGCAUCUUCACAGUAAUAAUCACAAUGGUAACAGUUUUACAACAACAACAAAUGGUACCGCUUCAAUGGCAUCAUCUGCUACUCUAACGGGUGUUGCCAACAACUCAAAUUCCUCCUCCUCUAAUACUACUUUCUCCUCUACUUCUAAUAAUAACAAUAAUAAUAAUAACAAUACAUCUUCUACGUCAGCUUCAUAUUUAUCUACUACGCUAACAACAGCAUCAUCAACGUCAUCGCCUAAUGAUGAUAAAAGCUAUGUACAAAUUGGUGGCGGUAGUGGUGUCUCAUCAAAUGGUCAUAUAGGCGGUGGCAGCAGUGGAGGCGGUAAAAACCAUCGACGUAGUAUGGAUAAAGAAAAUAAACACAAAGGUAGUUCAUCGUCAAAUCAUAAUAAUCUAGCUGCUGGUGAUAAUGAAAGUCACACAAAAACCAAUAACAAAAACAACUAUCAUCAAUUGAAUCAGGGCAAUGAAAGCAAUACACAUCAUCAGCAGCAGCAACAAAAUCACAACAAUAACAAUAAUAAGGAGAAAUCAUCUGAAUGGGAUAAUAAUUAUCAUCAGCAGCAACCAAAAGAUAAACAUGAAUCCCAACAAAAAUCGAAUAAAAAGUCGAAUACUUCCACAGCGUCGUCAGCAUAUAAUGUUAAUGGCAAUGUAAAUUCACAUUUGGAUACGGAAGAUGUUGUAACAGUGGAACCGGUGGAGAAAACCAAAGGACGCCGUAAUCGUUCUAAGAAGGAUAAUGCUUCCAAAGACAAUCACCAUCACAACAAUAAUAAUAACAACAGCAGUAAUAGCAGCAACAACAAUAAUAAUAAUAAUCAUCAUUCUCAUACAAAAGACUCUUCUAACAAAGAGAAUCAUAACAACACAACUAAGGAUACUCAUAAUAAUCAUCAUCACAAUUCCGAUGCUUCAUCGGUUUCCUCUUCCUCGUCGAGUACUUCGUCUUCUUCAUCUUCGGGUGUAUCCGGUAAUUCGGCCACAUCUACCAUAUCUCAUUUAGCUUCUAAGGUUGUCUCAAAGAUCUGUGAAUCCUGUCUUAAAUUAGAGGCUGAUGUAAAGAAAUAUCGUUCGGAAAUCAGUCACAUGAAACAGAUCGAAAACGAGUUGAGACAAAAAUUGGACACAAAUAUGACGACAAAAUCCUGUUUGCAGGCCAAACAGAAAGAAUGUGAUGAACUGGAGAAACGUUUACACGAAUUGACCAAUGCCCGGCACAAUGACAUGAUGCAAUUGCAGACGGUCGAAAGGCGUUUAGCCGAGGAGAGGCGGCAGAAACAGUCAUUAGAUGCUCAACUCAAUAACGAGAAGAAGGCACGUAAAUUGGCUGAAGAGAAGGCAGCGCGACCCGAAUGCAGUUCGCAGUGUAAACAGAGGAAACAACAGAUGGAGGAGGAAAUUAAACAGCUAAGACGUGAUUUAAAAAUGGCUGAAGAAGCUAAACAAAUGGCCGAACAACAUGGACGGAAAUGGGAACAAGAGUUGCGUAUGUUUGAGCAGGAGAUACGUAAUCGUGAUUCCAUACAACCGGGCACUGAUGUUUUAAUGAACGCUUUGGCCGCUAUGCAAGACAAGAAUUGCACUUUGGAGAAAAAUCUCUCGGCAGAGACGAGAGUUAAGCUGGACUUAUUCUCAGCUCUGGGGGAUGCCAAACGACAAUUGGAAAUAUCAGAAAGCCUACGUCGCUCCAAGGAAGAUGAGGUGCAUGAUCUUAAGGCAAAAAUUGCCCAACUGUUAGCGGUCAUGCCCACUGAUACUUUAUGUUUGCCCGCUUGUAGCUCAACCGGUGCCAGUUCUAUGUUACGCAUGAAUGAUACACCACCGCUACAAACGGGUCCCGGUCCAGCUUCUCCUAUGCUAACCAGCCUUAGUGCAGCUCAAGCCCAACAACAACUAACAGGACGUGUGAUUGUUUCAGCCUCAACAUCUGAUUAUGUGCAGCAAACUUUGUCCGGGGAAUAUGUUGUUACCACACAUUCUCAACAGCAGCAGCAACAUCAACAACAACAGCAGCAACAACAGCAUCAACAACAUCAACAACAACAGCAGCAACAACAGCAAUGUGCUGGAGUUGUACCCGUUUCGGUGGCCACCUCGGUGUUAGUAACAUGUCCUCAAGUUUCUAACGGUGUUGGCAAUCCAAACGGUUCCAAUUUAGAUCCUAAUGCCACCGUCUAUACACCCAAAUCUGGUGGUCCCAACAAUAAUGGGGGAAAUGUUGUCGCUGUCGGUGGCUCCGGAGAUGCCUGAUGUAUAUUUAAUAAAAAUCUCCAUCAACAUUUACAAAACAGUAGUCGACGUCAUGUUUGAGAUUAUUUUACUAAACAAAAACUAAAACUACUUGGAUAUAAAAACAAAAACCCAAUAAAUAAUUUGUAAAAUUCUCUAACUGAAAUACUCUCUUCCUAAGUUCAACCAACAUUGUACACAGCAAAAUUUCUUUUGAAAAUUAUGAUUAUUGUAUCGGAUUGUGUGAAAAAAAACAAAACCAAAAUUUUCUUCUUUCUUAGCGAACAGAGUAUCUCAAUGAUGAAUUAAUAGCAAAUAAUUAAAAUACAAUUAAA